GCGAGGCCAAAUGGGGUAGUUGAGAAGCCGCACUUCGACAUCCGCCAAGUCCUCUACAAGGCCGCAGACGGGGUCCAGAACAAGUGGUUGCAGGUCGCGCACUUCGCCUUCUGGUCCGAGCGAGUAUCCAUUUGCAAGCGAAUGGGGUGCUUGCCUUACUUCGCGGUGACCGGCUGUCAUCCGAUACUCCCUUUCGACAUAUCCGAAGCCACGUACCUGAUGCCCCCGCCCAAGUCGCUCGUCUCCACCACCAAACGCAUUGCGCGCCACGCGAUCGCUCUCCAGAAG